UUUAAGGAGCUUUGCUUAUACGAUUUCAAAGCAUUCAUUCAUAGAUAUCUGCAUAGAAAUUGUUUCAUAGUGAUCUGGUUAAUAUGGCAUGCAUUCAACAAUUGCCCCUUCUUGCAAGAAGAUUAGAAGGAAAGGUGGCGUUGAUUACUGGUGGGGCAAGGGGCAUUGGUGCGUGCAUGGCAAAGCUGUUCUGCAAACAUGGGGCAAAAGUGGUGCUUGCAGACAUUCGUGACCAACUAGGUCAAACACUACAACGUGAGAUUGGAACUGAAUAUGCAACCUAUGUACACUGUGAUGUGACCAAAGAAAUCGAUGUUGAAAACGCCGUUAACGCAGCUGUAUCCAAGCAUGGAAAGCUAGACAUAAUGGUGAACAAUGCUGUAAUAAUAGAUGAUGGUAAACCCAGCAUUCUAGACAACGAUGUCACUGAUUUCGAACGUGUUGUUAGGGUGAAUCUGGUUGGUCCGUUCUUGGGAACAAAGCAUGCAGCUAGAGUGAUGAUCCCAGCGAAAAAGGGAAGCAUAAUAACACUAGGAAGUGUGAGUUCGAGCGUUGGGGGUGUUGCAACUCACGCAUACACAAGUUCUAAACAUGCUAUUGUAGGACUCGCGAAGAAUGCUGCUGCUGAACUUGGAAAAUUUGGCAUCAGAGUGAAUUCCCUGUCAUGUUAUUGCAUUAAUAAUGUAGUUGCACAAGAGUUCUUCAAAAUGGAUGAUGAAGGGUUCUCAAAAGUUUAUUCAAAUCUGAAAGGGGUUUCUUUGACAGAAGAAGAUGUAGCAGAAGCUGCACUGUAUUUGGCGAGUGAUGAGUCUAAGUAUAUCAGUGGACAUAAUCUAGCUGUGGAUGGUGGCUUUACAACUAUUAAUCCAAGCUUUGGUUUGUUUUCACAAUCCCAAUAAGUUUGAACCUCUCACUUCAUCACUCCUCUACGUAUAGUUUUCCCUGCUUUUCUUAUUGUUCCGCAACUGUCUGUCAUGUAUCUGUGUAUGUGUAAGAAUACUUCCCAUUGGAAAUUAUUGAUAUAUCGUGUAUGUAAUUUUCCCUCCUUUUCCUGUUA